AUGACUUCCAGCCAGAUACGCCCAACGUCCACUCCGUCCUCUCCCCCCGUGUCGAGCCGAUCGUUUCUCUCGCGCCUGAAAUCACCCUUGUCUUCCAAGUCUCGAAACUACACCGAUUUCUAUAUCCAGCCCGAUGACCCGCACCGCCAGUAUGCGCCUGGGGACCUGAUCAGCGGAACCGUCAUUAUCAAGAUUGUUAAACCGCUGCGUGUGACCCAUUUGGUCGUAUGUCUACAUGGUUAUGCUCAAGUCUUCAAGAACCCGAAUACACCAGGCGAUGCCUACAAAAACUACUGCUCGACUACCGGAUCCGCUAGGGUAAGGAAGGCGGGCAGCUACUUUGGCAAUGGCUUCGUUUCGCUGUUCGAGGACGAGGUAGUGCUCUGCGGAGAAGGCCGACUUGCAGAAGGCGUGUACCAUUUUAAUUUUGAACUUGAAUUUCCAUCCACAGGAUUGCCCAGCAGCAUCGAUUUUGAGCGCGGGACCAUCUCCUAUAUGCUCAAUGCCACAUUAACCCGCCCCACUACAAUGUCGCCGACGGCUUCGUGCGAUACCAAAGUUUACCUGACAGACACGGUUGACAUCGCACCCAUCCCGGCGUUGAAGCCCCGGGUGAUAUCUCUAGAACCCAUAUCCAGGCGAGCGCGCGCCAAACCGCGCAAACGUGGGCCUGACGACGCGCUCCAAAAACCCGCAGGCUCGGAACCCCCGCCAACAGGGUCCACCUUAGGCCCGGGCAGUACCAUUGAUGACAACGAGGGUCCACGAAGUCCGUCGCCCAGUGACGUGAGCUACGAAAGUCAAAGAAGUAGUGGGAACGCCUCGGGGACCGAGUAUGGUGUUCGCUCCAUUCACACCACCAUAGAUGGAUCGGCCUCACAGAUUGCAAGUCAAACGAUGCUUAAAGGAAAGACCAUCACAGCCACAAUUGACGUGCUCAAGCCCGCCUUCCUCAGAGGCGAUCAGAUACCGAUCAAGGUCACUGUAAAUCAUACCAAGCAUAUUCGAAGCUUAAAAGGUAUCAUCAUCACAUUGUACCGUCAGGCCCGAGUCGACAUGCAUCCUGCACUGCCUGUAGUGCCAAACAGUAAAGGUGCCAAGACAAAGUCGGAGGAUUACUACCCAAAAUCAAGGACCGGCCUAGGAGGGCUGUCGCUAUCUUCGGCUGGCUCGUGUCAUUUGUUCCGGAAGGAUCUGUGCCAAUCGUUUGCACCGCUUUUCGUUGACCCCCGGACACUCACGGCCGAGGUCAAGUGUGCAGUCCGCGUACCAGAUGAGGCAUUCCCCACGAUUGCAAACGUCCCAGGUGCCAUGAUAUCGUUCAAAUACUAUGUCGAAGUGGUGAUUGAUAUACAAGGCAAGUUGACCGGGCUCGACCGAAUGGUAGCAAAUGCCGGCCUUGUCAAUCUACCUUCUGCUGGAGGUAAUGCCCCUAUGACUGGCGAAGAUGCCACAGGCGGCAUGUUUUCAACCUGGGCUGGCAACUUUGUUGAUACUGACCAAAUUCGCCGCGAAAAGGGCAUCGUCAGUGCUUUGUUUGAGGUUGUCAUUGGUACCAAAGAUAGUGAGAGGAACGGGAAAAGAAAACAACCCCAAGAGCACCCCGCCCACCACAAUGGACUGAACGAAUACCCUCAUGAACAGAUGGAUCCGUAUGGCGAGCACGCAUAUGAUCCUUACUACUACAACCAAGAUGAGAACGGCCAAUAUUAUAAUUAUGGCUAUGACUCGACGUUCUGGGACGUUCCCGGGUAUGAACAACACAGCACAGGGGGUGCCACGUCUUUCCCAGUGCCUAAUGUGGCUGAAGAGGAGCAAGGAAUUUCUGAGAAGGAGCGUUUACGACGAGCAGAAGAACGCCUACUGCCAUCUCAGCCGCCAGAUGUUGCAGGGCCAUCUACCACUUCGGGCGCAGUUCAACACGGUAUGCCAGCGUCAGCACCCGUGCUACCAGAGGACGACGAUGCAAACAUUCCCUACGUUGCAGCUUCGUCAUCGUCAAAUCCGGCACAUCCUCCACCACCAUUCCCUACGGCUACGUCGCCCUCGUCCUCGCGCACGCCGACAGCACCGCCAUUACAACGUCAUGCAACAGGCCCGGACAAUGACGAAGCGACGACUCCCGGAAAUGGGUCGUCACGCACAGUACACGCCGACCGUCAAGGAACACCCGUCAAUGGCAAUGCAACCGGACAUGUCAAACCACUGCCUCCACUGCCCCCAGCAGACGUGACUGAAGCUCGAGGUGCUGCACCGCAGUAUGCAGCCUCGUCAUCAUAUGUUGCGCCAACAGACGACAAGCAAGAGUUACAACGGCGGAGACUAGAAAUGGAAAGAAGUGCACCACCACCACCAGAGCAAGAUGAAGAGGGUGCGUCGUCGUAUGCGCCCUCAGCACCGCCUCUUCACAGAAUACACAGCUCGCAUCUGGCGCCUUCAGCACCCGUUCUCGAUGACGAAGAGGAGGACCUGGUAGAUGCUGUGCGGCGGGGUCGUGGUCCGGCAGAAGCAAGCAAAAGACAAAGCGAAGCCUUGCCAGAGUAUCAGAGGUGA